AUGGAGGCUGUAACCAAAUGGUCUUCGAGAUGUGAGUCCCCUGAUGUUUCUGGAGCGGCUUUUCUUAUGCAGAGGGAACUUCAAUGGUUUCAAGCAGUGGAAGAUAGAGGAUUUCUGGAAGAUAGAGGAUUUCUUUCUUCUGAAAGGCUGACAUAUAUGGAAAAAAAAAAGUCAUACUGGGAAAAGUUUGUAGAACAGCGCGAAGAAUUGCUCAAAGAUGCAAGGCAAUGGAUGAAGGAAACAUCAUCAUCUUGUAGCCUUGUUGCAACUAUAAUUAUUACGGUAGCUUUCGCUGCAACUUUUACGGUGCCUGGAGGCAACAACGGUAAUAAGGGGAUCCCAAUAUUUCUGAACAAUGGCUCAUUCAUGGUAUUCGUAGUUGCAAAUGCUCUUGCUCUCUUCUCCUCUAUCACUGCCGCAUUGAUGUUCUUGGCCAUUCUAACUUCGCGCUACGCGAUCGAAGAUUUCCUCUUCUCACUACCAAGAAAAAUGAUAUUGGGCCUCACUUUUCUCUUCCUCUCAUUGGUUUUUAUGCUGGUGGCAUUUGGCUCUGCUCUUAUGAUUGUCUUGAGUGAACGAUUGAAGUGGAUUUACAUCCCAAUUACAUUGUUGGCUGCCAUCCCCAUCAUUUUGUUCGCAAUCCUACAGCUUCCCUUAUAUGGUGAAAUGGUGGAAUCCACCUUUCUACCUCGCCUCUACCGUCUCCUGAAGUUUUGCAAAUGA